AUGCACACUAUUCACCGCGUAAUAUCUCGGUUAUCCUCAACCACGGUUUGCAGUAGUACACCUGCAUCGAGAUUUCUAAAGGAAACAAGUGCUACAUCUGCAUUUGGUGCUGAAGCAAGUCAAUUCAUUAGGGCACGUGGCUUUUCUUCACAGUCGGGCGGUAGUGGUGGUGGUGGUGGAAAUCAGGGAACGAACGAUUGGGAAAAUUCUGCUGCAGGUGGAUCGUCCUUCGGUUCGACCGGGUCUGAUGAUCUGGGAUGGGACUCUGUUUCAUCAUGGUCAACUGGAUUGACCAAGGAUCAUUUUGAUGGGGAGAUGGUUGGCAAGAUGGCAAGUUCAACUGGCAAGGAAAACACAGCUUCUCAGUCGUUGAAGAUAUUGAGUUGCAGGAUCUUGAUGAUAAGCUAA